AAUUCAUGGUUGUAUUUAUUGCUUUUAGAGAUGUCCUUUAACUUUACAUUUAAGUUUUUGUUACGUAAAAUGUUGCUUUCUAAAUAACAAAAAGCGUGGGGUGUUUUAAUGCUGUUAAGAUAACAACACUUUAUACGUUGUAACGUCAAAAAAUAAUAUUAGUUAAAUUGCGUCUCAUCCAUCCUUCUAGCGCACAUGACAAGACCGCGCACUCCAAUGCACAAUGCGCCUCAUGAGAACAUUCCAGUUUGGUAAAGUCAGUUUGGAAUUUGAAUAGCACAGAAGAACCGCCCUUUUGUGAUUGGCCAAGAUGGAAACCUAUGGGUGGGAUUUGCUUGUCACUCAACGAUAUUCUCGGCCUCUGUUUGGUUCGAGGCAAAGUGGGCGGAAACGUAUUCGUCAUAUAUAUACUAUGGCAGCAAGCGCAGGCUAAUGAUUGCCUACGAUCUCACGCUGAGGCAGAAACGACCACGUUCAAUGUUUCUCCACAGAGCUGACUUAAGCCUUCGUCCCCGAGCGAAAUUUCGUGAUUCAGACUAAAAUAAAGUUUGUUUACUUCGUGGGGGAGUUGGAAAAACAUCACAGCCCCGAGCAUGAUCAACACCAUGGAGUGUGCAGUGGAUGCACAAAGUCUAAUUUCGAUAUCUUUACGGAAAAUCCACAACUCCCGUACGCAGAGAGGGGGAAUCAAGCUGCACAAAAACCUGCUGGUCUCAUACGUGCUGAGGAACGCCAGGCAAGUGUACAUGAACGAGAAGUACGCAGAGAUCUACAGGAUGCAACAAUACGAGGAGGUGAUGACCGUCUGCAACGAGAUCCAGGAGCUAAACCCGCUAGAUUUGGUGGAGGACUGCGAGGAGCAGACAGUGGACUGCUGCGGCAGCGCGAGCGAGUCGGCGAGCCUCUGCGGCGCGCUCUUGCCCGUCAGUCACCAAGCGUCUCCGGUGCAGCACAUCCAGCCUACAAGCGCCUGCUCGGUGCCCAUGCCUCUCCAAACCGAAGAGGUCUGCAAAUCUCCGGAUCCUUCAUUCUAUCGCAGCUGUUGUGCGGAAGCCUACCCCGUGUCAAACUGUGACUUUUCGCCAGUAAAUACCAUGCACUGCAACAAAACUACAGUGCUUGAUUUGGACACGCAUGUCGUUACAACAGUAGAGAACGGGUAUUUGCAUCAGGACUGCUGCGCUUCGCUCCAGCAGUGCUGCCAGGGCGCACAGAGCCCGGCCAAAAAACGCAAGCUUGACUUUGGUUACUACGUGUCCGAAAUCGAGGAGGUACCGGAUUUUACGCCGUGUAAAAGAGCGAAAUUCUGCGAGGACUCUAUAUACGCAAACACAGAGCCAUUGGACACAUCGAACAUUUCCAAUCUCAUUUCGAUCUUCGGCUCGGGCUUUACAGGACUGGUGAGCAGACAAGCGGACUUGGAGCAAGCCUUAAACGGACAGUUCUGUAGCAAACAAGCCCUGGCGAGUUUAGGGGCUUGGACGAGAGCUAUUGUAGCUUUUUGACUCUGUGGUAGUUCAUAAGAAUACAGAUACUUUACGAAAUUGUACAAAGUCUAAGACAAAUUGACUUUUAUUUUUGCAACAAAGUUAUUUAAGCGUUUUUUAUUUUGUUUCUUGUUUCGUUUCAUGGGGUGAGGCGAACAGUGGUUGUAGCCUGCCACUCGUGAUGAUGUAUCCUUUAAAACAAAUGAUACGAUAUUACAAAGGUUGAAAUAAUCUAACGAAGUUGAAUUUCGUUGCCUUAAUAAACCCAACGCAAACUGCUAGCUAGCUAUGGCCACAAACAAGGAAAUUCGUUGAAUGUUUUGCUCGAGGAUUGUUUCUUUUAUCCUACCCUUUCCAGUUUCUCUCACAGGGAACUUUCACAAAGAUGUAUUGUAAAAUAACAUUACCCGUGUAAUGCUGGGAAUAACAGGCUGCAAACGGAGAAGCCUGCCGCUGCUCAUAUUGUUUCAACCGUUAAAUAACACGUUAAGGAGCUGUGUAAUAUUUUAUUAGCGUUUUAACGUAACACCUACCAGUUUAAGUCGUAGAGGCUUUAACAACAAGACUAUCUGAGCUCGUGCUUACGGAAAUGUAGAACUACAGGAAGAUGACUGGGUUACACAGACUACAUUUGUAAUAUCACAUAAGGCAAUCACGUAGGCUAAUGAAGGUGCAAUAUUUUAACCCUCUCCGUCUUGUUUGUUGUUUUAUCUAAUAUGUGUUGUUGAAAGUGGCGAGGACUGGUGCGUUUUGUUGACUGCACUGACCUACAGCUCCAGUUCCUCUGAGUAUGUUUGUAGUUCGCCUAUGCCAGUCACCUCAUCACACUGAACGUUGGGGCCAUUAAUUAACACUACAACUCCCAUAAUGCACGUCGUUAUCAGCCAGGUAUUUGUUGACUAUUUAAGACUUCAGCGUUAACUAUUCUCCCAUACUCUCAGAAAAGUUGAUUAAGCCUUCACAGUAAUUCAUGAUGCCAGCAUUUGCUUGGUUUUGUGGGUUUGAUUUUAUUUUAUACAAACUUAGACCUUUUGUUCUAAAAAGGCAAUCUCAUAAAUUAGCCAUACGUCCUCACAUUAUAUAAGCACUAUGUGUAUUGAAUAAAGACGUUUUCAGACGUAUUCUCCAUAUUUUGUUGGUAUUCUUGUAUUUUUGUGCAUAUUAAAUUGUAUAUCACCGGGUAAAACUGUUUUAGAAAGUAUUUGUUUAAAAUUUAUAACCUUAAUAAAAAAUGAAAC